AUGCCGACCACGCGCGAGUCGCCGGCCUUGCGCGCCCUGAGCGUCGCGGGCAUCGUCCGCAGCAUCGCGUCGUUCCAAGACGGCAUCUUCGAAGACCUCCGUCCGUUCCUGGGUUUUGACUACAAAGCGUGGGUCAACACGCCGUUCGACAAGCGCCUCCUGGUGCAGCUCGAGCCCUUCCAUGCACUCCUUCUGCCGUGGCUCGCCGACCAUUCAAUUGACCGACUCGCACAGCUCUUUGAGGCCUUGCCCGACGUCGCGCCGCUCGUGACCGAGACCGCCAUCUACUACGGCCACGACGACCUCGUCGCCCACCUCUCAGCGCACUGGCGGCACAAGGCGACGUCGCUCCGGUCCAUGGACUUGGCGGCGUGGGCAGGGCACUUUUCGAUUUUAAAGCGUCUCCAUGAAGAAGACUUUGGCGGCUGCUCGCACCUCGCGAUGGACUGGGGCGCGCGCGGUGGUCACUUGGACAUUGUCCAGUUUCUCCACGAGCAGCGCCGAGAAGGCUGCACGACGGAAGCCAUGAACUGGGCGGCGAACCUCGGGCACUUGGCGAUCGUUCAAUUUCUUCAUUUCAAGCGCACGGAAGGCUGCACGAAAGAGGCGCUUAACUGGUCGGCGGGCAACGGCCACCUCGACGUCGUUCAGUUUCUGCACACGCACCGCAACGAGGGCAUGGCCGA